AUGGUCAAUCAGAGAGACGUAUACAUUGCCGCUAUUGCUCGUACUCCACUUGGGGGAUUCAAUGGCUCUCUGGCUUCAUUCUCUGCUACUAGGUUGGGAAGCAUUGCCGUCGAAGCUGCAUUAAAGAAGGCCAACAUUGCGCCUCAUCUCGUCGAAGAAAUCGUUUUCGGAAAUGUCCUCUCGGCCAAUUUAGGUCAAAAUCCCGCACGUCAAGUAGCUUUGGGUGCCAAACUCGACGAGAGCGUCAUCGCGACAACCGUAAACAAAGUCUGCGCUUCUGGCAUGAAAGCCAUAAUCAUUGGUGCCCAAGCAAUCCUAACUGGCAACGCAGAUGUUGUCGUAGCUGGUGGGACUGAAUCAAUGAGUAAUACGCCAUACUAUGUUCCCAAAGCACGGUUUGGGUCCAAGUAUGGUGACCAGACUCUUGUUGAUGGUAUCGUCAAAGAUGGACUGACUGAUGCAAAGCAUAGCGAGAUCAUGGGAAUUGCUGCUGAGAAAUGUGCGGACAAAUACCAAUUUAGUCGACGGCAGCAGGACGAUUACGCAAUCUCAUCAUACCAUCGUGCGCAGGCAGCAUUCAAGGCAAAUUAUUAUGCAGACGAAAUUGUCCCUGUAGCUGUCUCUGGAGGUAGAGGGAAACCCGAUAAAGUUAUUACGCAGGAUGACGAGAUUACCAAUCUUAAUAUUGACAAAUUACGCGCAGUGCGUCCGGCUUUUGUCGAAAAUGGUACAGUGACCGCACCCAAUUCAUCACCGUUGAGUGAUGGAGCUGCAGCAGUUGUUCUCAUCAGUGGAGAAAAGGCACGCGAGCUAGGCAUCAAAGUUGUUGGCAAGAUAUUGGGUUGGGGUGAGGCUGCUCAGCAACCUUUGGAGUUUACGACGGCGCCUUCGAAGGCAAUCCCGAAAGCUUUGAAGCAUGCCAACAUUCCAGAAUCAUCAGUUGAUUACUACGAGAUCAAUGAGGCUUUUUCUGUUGUUGCUCUUGCCAAUUUGAAGCUUCUUGGACUGGAUGAAGAGAAGGUUAACGUGUUUGGUGGCGCGGUGGCUAUGGGUCAUCCACUCGGAUGCUCGGGUGCAAGAAUUGUCUGUACUUUACUUUCUGUACUUCGACAUAAAGAAGGGAAAAUUGGUGUGGCCGGGAUUUGCAAUGGUGGAGGAGGAGCAAGUGCUAUUGUUAUUUCUGCAGAGACACAGUAA